AUGAAGGCAAACAAAGAAUUACGAUUCAAUUCUAAUCCUAUAAAUCAAGAAGGACAGUUCGUUUAUCAAAUUGAAGAUUUCAGCGAGCACUUACCAAAUCGUCAUCAACCAAAAAUAAUUUCAAACCAUUUGAGAAGAAAACAAAAGCCGGGAUUGUGUAAAGAGAAAUUUUGGCAAGAAGAAAAACAAUUCAUAAUGGAAAUGGUCCCAUUUCACCAAACUUUUGAAUUAUCCCGAAAUCGACACGUUAUUCAUUGGAAGGUCGUUGUCGAGAAUUUAAAGUUUGCCUAUGGUAGACUACAUUCAUAUGAUAGAGUUAAGAAUUAUUAUUAUAGUAAAAGAAGGUCAUGGUCUCCAAAAGUUUCAGAGAAACUUCAAAUUCGUUACUUGUUAAACCCAAGUGAUUCUUAA